UUUGCUAUAGGAGGGCGACCUCCUAGGGCAGAGGGUUCAUGAGUUUUGAAACUCAUGAACCGUGAGUGGCUUUGAAUGCACUGUAGAUGGCUGUGAAUAUACUGGCUUGCUGGUCCUGUCCAAAAUUCCGGUAAGUAGUACUAAAAAACGCGUCUGAAAAAAAUACGGAGGUCUAGACAUUUCCAUGAAUUAUAGUGUGAUUUCGAUUGGAUCCGACACUCUAUUUACACAUUAUUGAGAUUGUACGAAUCCAAGAAAUUGAACAAAGCCCACAGGGAAUCAUGGUACCUUUCUCACGUAUGGCAAUUUGUUGACAGCUCAUUUGACAGUGUAGAAAAUCUUGAUGUUCUAAGUCAAGAAUGUUCCAGUGUUAGCUCCAGCAAACGAAAAAACAAGGAGCGAUCAAUUGGAGGUGUUCAGGUGAGAGAAAGAAAAAAGAUGAGAUAUCGAUGUGAUAUGAUAUUUUGCGAAAAUCGAGUCGGCCACGAUGAGGCUAUUGAGUAUGGUGCUGCCGAGGCCGGUAAAGCUUAUGAUGGGGAGGAAGGAACAAAAAGAUUAGAAGAAGGGUCGAAAAAACUUCCCAAGUGUCUGAAGGAUAUCUUCUCUAUUUGAGACCUUAUCUUGCCCAUGUGAAAAAAUCAUGAUUUGUGAUACACAUACGUUGGUAAUUCGUGGUGCGUGAAUCAAUUCUCGGAGGUCAAGACCAAAGAUCCAAACCAUUGGAUUCAUUUAUUCUGGCCUUGAAUCUUUUUUUAUGACUGCCGAUCGCCCCAAGCAUUACACAACAAGGAUAAUUAAAUCAAAAAAUACCCAUAUUUCGAAUGAUAUUUCAGGCUUUGGUUCAACAGUUUUACCCGCUCUCUAUUCUGCUUGGAUUGCUAAAGAGGUUGUUAAGAACGUACGAGAUAUAUUGUAUGCAUCGGGUCAAUGUGAUAGUGCUGAAAACUCAAACUGGCUAGAUGACUACUGGGAUGAAGAAGA